AUGAGGUCCACAGCUUCGAUUCGUUUCUUCUCCGUUAAGAAAAAAACAAAGAGAGCGAAUCACCGCACCCGCGCUUGUUCAAUCUCGUUAAAUCUCUGCAUCUGCAGUUGUUGUUUGGUAAAUGGACACUUAAAGAACCACUUGUUGCAUAGCAUACAUGGGAGCAGUUGUUGCAACGGAGGCCUAGCUAAACCUCAAUCUUCAAUUGAAAGAACACCAACCACAUCUGGGAAGGACAAUAUUCCUCAGCAUUUAUCACACACGAAAGGGGAAUGGUCCUUAAACCCAGAGGCAAUGGAACACACUGUUAGCAUAGCUCAUUCCCUUGACAGAAACCUUGCUUCUGUAUGCGAUCCAGUAAAGGAAGAGAUCAAGUCGGCAAGCAAAAAUCAUGACAACUUAUUUAUCAACAAAGCUGCUAUAGCAUGGAAUGAAAUGCGAAGACAGUGGAUUGGUGAUCAGUCUCGCAGCUCUUGUAAAACUACAAGAGAGGCAACAAUAAGCUGGAGCACUAGUUAUGGGGAUUUACUUUCAACCAGUCAACCCUUUGCACAACCAAUUCCUUUAGCAGAAAUGGUUGAUUUUUUAGUUGAUAUCUGGCAUGAUGAAGGACUUUAUGAUUAGUAAAGGAGAUGUCCGACUCAAAUGCAUUUGCCUCUUCUGUUUGGAUGUCAGAUUCGUCCAGUCUCAGAUUUUCUUUUUUGGUAAAUUAGAGAAAAAUCCCCGUAAUCAUAACUUUACAUGCAAUCCUCAUGCCUAAAAAACUUUGUUUCCACUCCCUGCAUGUAAAGUAUUACUUGUUUCAACUCCCUCAUGCAAAUAUUGAUACCUAAAUUGCCCCUCAGAUUUUUUAGGUACAAAAAAUUCAAAAUUGAGUACA